AUGUCAUUAUCAAAUAAAUUAUCUGUUAAAGAUUUAGAUGUUAAAGGUAAAAGAGUUUUUAUCAGAGUUGAUUUUAAUGUUCCAUUAGAUGGUAAAAAAAUCACUAAUAAUCAAAGAAUUGUUGCAGCUUUACCAACAAUUAAAUAUGUUGAAGAACAUCAUCCAAGAUGUAUUAUUUUAGCUUCUCAUUUGGGUAGACCAAAUGGAGAAGUUAAUGAAAAAUUUUCAUUGGAACCAAUUGCAAAAGAAUUAUCAACAUUAUUAGAUGGUAAACAUAUUGAGUUUUUACAUGAUUGUGUUGGUAAAGAAGUUGAAGAAAAAAUCAAUUCUUCAAGAGAUGGUGAAAUCUUUUUAUUAGAAAAUUUACGUUUUCAUAUUGAAGAAGAAGGUUCAAAAAAAGAGAAAGAUGGUUCUAAAACAAAAGCAUCAAAAGAAGCUGUUGAAAAAUUUAGAAAACAAUUAACUUCAUUAGCUGAUGUUUAUGUUAAUGAUGCUUUUGGUACAGCUCAUAGAGCUCAUUCAUCAAUGGUUGGUUUAGAAGUUCCACAAAGAGCUUCAGGAUUUUUAAUGUCAAAAGAAUUGGAAUAUUUUGCAAAAGCAUUGGAAAAUCCAGAGAGACCAUUUUUAGCUAUAUUAGGUGGUGCUAAAGUUUCUGAUAAAAUUCAGUUAAUUGAUAAUUUAUUAGAUAAAGUUAAUAUGAUUAUAAUUGGUGGUGGUAUGGCAUUUACAUUUAAAAAAGUUUUAGAUAAUAUGCCAAUUGGUGAUUCAUUAUUUGAUGAAGCAGGAUCAAAAAAUGUUGAAAAUUUAGUUGCAAAAGCUAAAAAAAAUAAUGUUGAAAUAAUUUUACCUGUUGAUUUUAUUACUGCAGAUAAAUUUGAUAAAGAUGCAAAAGUUGGAGAAGCAACACAAGAAGAAGGUAUUCCAGAUAAUUGGAUGGGAUUAGAUUGUGGACCAAAAUCAAGAAAAUUAUUUGAAGAUGCUGUAUCAAAAGCAAAAACUAUUGUAUGGAAUGGUCCACCAGGUGUUUUUGAAUUUGAAAAUUUUGCUAAUGGUACUAAAUCAUUAUUAGAUGCAUGUGUUAAGUCAGCUGAAAAUGGUAAUAUUGUUAUUAUUGGAGGUGGUGAUACUGCAACAGUUGCAAAGAAAUAUGGAGUUGUUGAUAAAUUAUCUCAUGUUUCAACUGGUGGUGGUGCUUCAUUAGAAUUAUUAGAAGGUAAAGAAUUACCUGGUGUUGCAGCAUUAUCAGAAAAAAAAUAG